AUGCGCCGUGCGGCGGGACAGGCCGUCAUCUGUGAAGCUCUCUCAGCGUACAUCUUUCGCCCGUUCUACGUCCCGCAUGACUUUAAGCAGGCAGCGGACCAGAUGCUCGAGUUUUUCGAGGAAGAAAAAGAGCUACAACAAGUUUUCCGCCACCAGGUUACCAAAUUCCAAGACGAUUCAGAGCUGGAGGCGGCUGCGGAGGCGGUAGUCGAUGCUGGAGGUUAUAUCCUAAGGCUGCUCGAUCGGUUGGUCUCGCGUGCAAAUGUGCAAGAGUUCCAUCGGCGGGUCGAUGAGUUUUUGCGCCGAGCAGCCCAGGUAUGGGUUCACGAAGCUCAGCCAGCCAGUGAUAUUGUUCAAGUUACGAUUCUCAUGGGUGAAGACGAGCAUAUGGAGAGUUACCCCGAGUUUGGAGUUCGCAACGCCGGCAAAGUUGGUAUUGCAAACCACACAAUAGUGGCCACGCUGUUCCCCCGUAUCACGAUCAACGGCAAGAUGCUGCACGGUGGGAAAGUCUUAUGGUCAGAUUCUCCAGCCACUAUCAUUGCCAGGGACCAGAAUCCGAGCCCAACUCUAGGGCGCACUGGAACACUCCGGAAGAACGGGCGGCGCAACUCCGUGACCGGACGCCCCGCGACUUGA